CGGUGCGGCUGUUAGGCCCGCGUCUCGCCGCCGCCGCCGGCCGGGCAUGGUGUUGGGCGCCGGCCCGCCUCGCCUGUCUCGGGGUGCUGAGAGUAAAGGUGGUAGUAAUGCUAACGCUGGCAAGCAAACUGAAGCGAGAUGACGGUCUCAAAGGGCCCCGGACAGCUGCUGCUGCGUCUGACUCCACGCGGAGAGUUUCCGUGAGAGACAAGUUGCUUGUUAAAGAAGUUGCAGAACUUGAAGCUAAUUUACCUUGUACCUGCAGAGUGCACUUUCCUGAUCCAAACAAGCUCCACUGCUUUCAGCUCACCGUCACCCCAGAUGAGGGUUACUACCAGGGUGGAAAAUUUCAGUUUGAAACUGAAGUUCCUGAUGCAUACAACAUGGUGCCUCCCAAAGUGAAAUGUCUGACCAAGAUCUGGCACCCUAACAUCACAGAGACAGGGGAGAUAUGUCUGAGUUUGCUGAGAGAGCAUUCUAUCGAUGGCACCGGCUGGGCUCCCACCAGAACGCUCAAGGAUGUUGUUUGGGGAUUAAACUCUUUAUUUACUGAUCUUCUGAACUUUGAUGACCCACUGACCAUCGAAGCUGCAGAGCACCACCUGCGAGACAAGGAGGACUUCCGGAGUAAAGUGGACGACUACAUCAAGCGUUACGCCAGAUGAUAGGAGGAGAGGAUUGCAGGCCCGUGGACUGUGUCACAGCUCGUGUCUAAUGUGGAACAGCACGAGGUAGCCCUGCUCCCGUCCUCACGCUCCCUCUGCCCACGGGAUCGCCCCAGGCCUGUGACCAUGUUGUCCCGAAGAAGACCGUCCUCCUGACGCCAGCUGUAGAUGGCGGAUGAACACAAAUACGGCAAGAAAGCCUUUGGGCCUCUAGAGAGUUGUCUGCUUCCCUUACCAUGUUUACUCCUGAAGCUGUGCUGUCUAGGCUGCCGCGAGACUUCUCAGAAGUUGUCCUGAGCUCAACCCUGAGGCUAGCGCUUGCUUCCCCUCCCCAACCGAACCGGUCCCCCUGCACAAGUGAUGUAAUGAUGUGUUCAGUGUAACUCGCAGAUUGGCAAUAAGAAACCCUCUGCAAACUGAGA